AUGGAUCCGCCUCCUGAAAAACAUCCAGAUGAAUCCUGGGAACAAGAAAACACCACCACACCCUCAACUGCUGACCAAACUAACAAUGGGGAAGACAACCAGAAAAACCAAGCUGAAGGGGAGGAGGCGAAUGCCCAAACCAAUGCUGAUCACAUUGACCAAAGCUCAUAUGAACAGUCUUACAGCAUAGCAUCCAACCAACUUGGACAGAUUGACCAGUCUGGCCAGGGAACUUAUGAACAGAGUGAACGAAAAUGGUCUAAGAAAAUUGAAGGGAACAACUCUCAGCAGACUGGCCAGAUAGAAGAAAGAACUUCCCAGGCCAGUGACCAAAAAUUAUCUCAGCAGUCUGACAGAAAAGCUUCCAGAAAGAGUAGUGAUAAGGUUUCCUCAUCUGAUGGAAGAAGUUCUGCACACAUUGACUACAGAUUUCCUGCCCUGUCUGUUCAAGGACCAUCCAUCCCCACCACACAAAAGGACCGAGUUAAUUACAGAACAUCAGGGUCUGCAGAAGACACUGGAGAACAGUCUGCUGAGCAGUUUAUGGAUGAGGGAGAAGAUGACCUGGAUGACCUCUUCAAAGAGAAGGAGGGCCAUGAAGACUACUACCCAGGCUACCAUCAAGCAUUAAACCAAUUAGAGGAUCAGAUCUUUUCUGAUCUGGUGGAUGAUGAGGCAUAUGACUUCAGAAUACAGCCCUGCAAAUUUGAGGAGAGCUCAAAUGAAGUCGAAGACAAACUUUCAGUUGACAUGGAGAAUGAGACGGAAAGUGCCACAGCUAUGCCAAGUUACAAGCUGAUGGACACCAGGUUUACCAAUAUCUUCCAAACACAAGACCAAGCAUUUACCCAGAAAUUGUCCUCAAGCAAAGCAGCCUAUCUCACCAGUGAAGAAGGACUCCAGACCAUCCAAGCCAGUAAUUCAGGACUUUAUGUUGAUGGAAAAUCUCAAGGUUACAAGAGGAGACUCCCUCCUAUCAUCUAUGAAGAUCCUUACCAAAUUUCACUCCAAUACAUGGAGAAACACCACAUCCUGCAAAUAUUCCAGCAUAUCACUGAAAAAUUAGUCUAUGAAAAGCCAGAUGAUCCGCUGAAUUUUAUGCUGCACCAGGUACAGGAAAUGAUCCAAAACAGAGACAACAUGUAA